AUGCCAGUUCUGCAUCCUCAGCCAACAAAUUCUGAUAAAAAAGUCAACGGAGGCGUCAAAUCUAUAGAAGAGAGUAAGGCGGAACGGCAGCAGCGCCACCAAGCGCGUUUCAGAGAUCGUGGAGGCAUAUUUGUUCCAUCUACGACCAAUGAUCUUGUGGGCAUCUUGUUGUCCCGAAAGUUCAAUGCCGAGUCACCCCGCAAAGUGCGAUCUAGCCCGCGGAAGUCAAAGGGCCGCGCGAGCACUACAGCAAUUGGGUCUACAGCGAAGCGGAAUAUCAAACCUGAGACCCCACGCAUAACUCCUGCUACUCAAAAGUCCGGGUCCGUGGUGGAGGUGAAUGUAGAAUCGUCAGCGAAGGUGGUUCCGAAGAAGGGUACAAGGAGAAAGAGUCGAGUCUCUACAGCAUCUACGAAGUCUGCUUUACCUGAACGUUACGUGUCCAUUCUAGCAGCCAUCUCACCUAUUUAUGUAGGGGGAGAAGGUGAUGUGGCAGACAUCCCCAAGACAGUCACGAAGCCUUCGCAAUCAAAGGCGCGUGGCAUUGCGCCUAAGUCUAGCAAGUCUGCAACAGCACGGAUCGCCGAAAUCAUCAAUCUCACUAUACCUACGCCAGUCAUGACGAAAGUUAGAAAAAUACCCGAAUCUAAACUCCUUAAGGAGGAGGAGGGCUCACAGGAAGACUCUCCCAAAGCGACGCAACUGGUUUUCCAGGCUCAACACGCUACCAAGGCUUCCGAUGACUACGGAGGUACUGUGGCCAAAAAGCCAGCCUCGAAGAAGGCCGCAGGACCAAAGAAGACAGUCAUCAAGUCAAGUGUACGCGAACACACGCUUCAGACGACUCAGGGGAAAGGAAGGCCAAAGAAAAACCCUCUCGAGGAUGGAGGCUCGGUUCAAACCAAGACGCGUACUGGCCAGUCUAAGCAAAGCUCCAAGAACCAACCAAGCCAGAACAAUGUACUGAGCCUCACCCAACCUCCAUCGCACUCUAUCCCUACUGCUACUUCGCCUCGCCAGUCCUCGCCCGAAUCUCUGCAUUCAUCCACUGCUACCACUUCCUCCGCAUCAACUUCGAGGCAGACACAAGCACCCACAUCUAGAGCGACUUCAUAUACAACUCCCGAAUCUGAUUUUGUACCCAAUCGCAAAAAUCAGAAACCUCUGAGGAAUCCUAUCAAAUCGAAACCAAAGGCUCGAUCGGCCGUCGCACGAGGGCUGCCACCUAUUGCCGAAACAGGUGGAGCUGGAGAGGUCUCUGUCGGUGUUGUUGAGGAAGAGGCUCCAUAUUCGGAGCUUCUGCCAGGGUCGGACAAGUCUGUCGAGGUGCCUCUUGUUGAGGUCAUGAAGCUGCAGAUUUUGGCCAGACGCAAGGGGAAGGAAAAGGCUCAACCAGCUGUGGAACCCGACCCGCCUGCCCGUGGGUCAAAUACAAAAAAACGGGCUCGGAAACUAUCUGAAGUCGAGGAGGAGCUUAAGGUGGCACCUGCGAAAAAACGCGCGAAAUCGGUUUCACGGAACGUUGGAGACGCAGCUCCUCUGAAAAAGCGUAACGCCCAACGAAAUCAUGACGCGCAAGAGGAUGAAGCCCAUGAACAGGACGUCCCUCGGCAGUCGAAGAAGCGCAAAAAUGCAAGCGAGAUGCGUCGUCAGAACAAGAGGGCUCGAGGUCAAUCCCAACUAGAGCAAGAUAAUGAACCCUCUUCUAGCGGCGACAAGGAGAAUAUUGUAUUCAAGAAUGCUCGUGAAGCGCCUCAGAGAUCGCCUGUGAAGCCGAGGUCAACUUGUAAAGAUCAAACUUGA